UAUUUUUGCUGCCAACAGCAGUAUGUUCAUGUGUGGUGUGUGUGUUUUCGUUGCAUUUAUGUCGGGCGCGAGCCUUUGCCGUUCGUUACACGGUUGACUCACCUGUCUACGUCACACAAAUAUUCAGCAGGAAUACAUUGUGCUGUUGUAGAGCAGUUCUUUACAGCAGUUUUUUACAGCACCUGAGCAGGCUUGCAUGUGCGAUGUCUCUCUGUGCAAUGUCCAAGUUGCGCGCACUUUCAAGAUCGGCCACGACAAGGUCAGACGCAUCAACAACCACUGGUGGGAUCACCGCCAGUUGUACGAGACCACCGCCGUGGGGAGAGGCAAGACGGCAAAGAAGGAUGAUGGGCGACGCCGCCUCACCGNGCCGGUCCCGUCCCACCGUUCGGCAGGAGGGCUGCUGAGUAGGCUCGGCUACAAGCGUCGUGGAGGCAGGAUCAAAACGCCACCGUUAAACGCCGAAAGACUUGCUCGCAUUCGCAAACGGAUUAUUUUUGUUCUUGACAACGCCUCAUACCACCAUGGAUUUGACGCGGAAGUCAAAGUGCCGGAAACCAACACCAAGAAGCACAACGUCGAUCUGUUGCGUAUGUUUGGGGCCAAGUCGAUGAGGGUUAGGCGUAAGGAGGGCGAACAGGGCGUUGUUGAGUACAACUUCGAGGUACCGACAGAGCCUGGUUCUUCAUUCCCUGCAGGGAACAGGGAGGGCGGUGUAAGCAGAGCGGAGGUAGCAACGGCCACUCGGGAGUACAUCCACCUCAAUCACCCUGAAAGGCUCGAGGAACGGGUGGUGACGUUCAUGAGGAAAAAGGGGUGGGCGUUGAUUUGGACGCCGCCCUACAUGCCGUCCUUUCAACCGAUCGAGCUUUUUUGGCAGCAUGGUAAGCAGUACGUCAGCCUUAACUUUGAGUUGAAGCGAAAGAUGCGGGAGGUGUGGGUGCAGAUUCGUAAAGGUUGGUACGGGGACAAGGAAUGGCCAGGCCAGGAGGGGGGGUGGAAGGCAGCCGAUUGUUCGAAGCUGGUUCACCACGCCAUUAGAGAGAUGAAAAAGUGGGUCAAGGACCGUAAUGGAGUGCUUUCUGGUACGAUAGGCAGCCUCGAAAAGCCGGACGGGUACGAUACAGAUGAUGUGUCGCCCGUGGGUGAUGUCGAGGAAGGGGUAGGGGAGCAGAUCCAGCAGGAAAGCGCAGAAUGGGGUGAUGGCAGCGACGAGGUUGAACCAUGA